AUGCAGGUGGGCAGAGCUCAGUUGACCCCGGCAGGAUUCAUUGUGUCACCGGAGGGAAUUCAGAUAGAUCCAGCUAAGGUUAAGGCUGUGGUGGAUUGGCCAACCCCGGAUUCUCACAAGGCCCUGCAGAGAUUCCUGGGUUUUGCCAAUUUCUUCCGGCAUUUUAUUCGCAAUUACAGCCAACUAGCCGUGCCUCUGACUGGUCUCACCUCUGCCAAAACUGAGUUUCGGUGGUCUCAGGAUGCCGAAUUAGCCUUCACCAACCUCAAAGGCCGCUUUGUUUCGGCCCCAAUUCUAAUCAACCCCUAUCCUUCUCUUCAGUUUGUGGUAGAGGUGGACGUGUCGGAUGUGGGGGUAGGUGCGGUACUCUCCCAAUAA